GACUGGACCUGACAGCAACCUUCACUGCCGCCUCUGCACCCUGCCCGGGCAGGACAGAGCCGUGUCUCCCGUUAGCUUCGGUGGAGGAUGAGUAGAGGAAGUCAAACUCUUUUAUAAAGACGCAAACAAAACUGUCGAUUCUCUCUCUAAUUUAAUUUAAUUGGUGUCGCAGACCCGGUCCUGUCGGCCCGUCUUGUGCGGUUAACGUUUCGCAUAUUGUCGAAAAUUUUCCAAAACAUCACACUAGCUCGCGUUUACGUGCACUAGUGUGGUAUUUAGUUUGAGCAGCUAGCUCGUCUUUCAAAGAGUCCCACGGCAACGUCUCCGUGGAUGUCGUGUGUGUGUGUGGACGCUCGAGCAGACCUCCAUAAAGGAUUGCAGCACUGGGAUGAUUUUAAUGGAGUAAGACACUGCUGACAAGGGAAAUCUACAAGAAAGACAAUCUACAUAUCCGGUUUAGGACAACUGAAGUAGCAACGUGGAAACUUCUCACCUGCGUUCAAACCCUGAACUGAAGUGAACUUGAAAAUGGAUGGAAUAGGCACCUUGCAGAGUUUGGCCCCGGAGACCAAGGCUGAGCGAAUUGCGAGAUACAAGGCAGAAAGGAGGAGGGAGCUGGCUGAGCGCUAUGGCAACACAGACGAAAUCACCUCCAAAUAUGUCCGUAGGGACAGGAGAAUUGGAGAUGCAUCUGAAACAGUGUCUUCAGAAACCAAGGAGAAGGAAAAAUAUGAGGAUAAUGAAUCAGAGCAAACGUAUACCAAGAGGGGCUCCAGGAACAAAGUAGCAGACCCUGUGGAGGAGCAGACUCACGAUGAGCCAACUCAAUUCAAAACAGACACCAAUUUAUCAUCUAAAUCGAGUCUCCUGGAAACUGAUGAUACAGAGGAGCCAACGGUUGAGGAGAAGUAUGUGGACUCAGCCAAGAGGACUUCCAAGAUGUCUCUUUUAAAGGACCAGGAGGAGUCGGAGGAUGGAAGCAGUGGCCGACCUGCCCACGACCGGGUGAAGAUAAUAAGCAGUGACGAAGAGGAAUCCUCCACCAGCCUCCCCAAAGCUGAAAGCAAGUUAAUGGAUGAGAAAGAAGCCACAGAUGAACCUUCAUGGAAGGAGCAGCAUGAAAAUGUCGAAGAAAAACCUUCCAGUCUCCUCUCUGACAGAGCUCUCCCCGUCAGCAGGAACAGAGAUGCCUCUCCCCCUCCCUCUCCUCCCUCUCCUCCCUGCCAGCUCGCCUCACUGCAGCGCCAAGACUCUGGGUCUCGGGGCAUCAAGGGAAUCCUAAAGAAAAGCCGCUCCACCAGCAUGGAGUCGGACCACAGCGAGGGCUCCGCACCGGAUUGCGCGCCAGCCCGACCAACCGGUGUCACCCUCAGCCACCCUGAGAGCGAGGAGGAGGAGAUGGAGGAGGAGGAUAUGGAGGAGGAGGAGAUAGAGGAGGAAGAGGAGGAGGAGGAGGAUGAGGAGGGGGAGAUAGAGGAAGAUGUCAAUGGGGAACAUUACAGAGAGGAUGAGUCAUUAACUGAUGAUAUCGCAGACGGAGGGUGCUUCAGCAUCGACAGACAACAGAGAGAGGGAAGCAGCGGCAGCAGUGGAGGGAGCUUUGAGGAGAUGCGGAGUCCCUCGCCUGGCGAGAGCCUGGAGAAGACGUCCACAGUGUCGGAGGAUGUGGAGGAACUGGAGAGCAGUUUGGAUGGCAGCCAGGGCUCCUCACUCAAACAGAGACUGGCAGAGUUCACUAGUGAAGGUGAGAAGAAGGAUAGACCGAAGAAGCUCAAAACAUCCGAGUUGAGCAACACACCACUGGCCGAUCGCUUCGGCAAGCUCCAAGAUGCUGAAAAUGCCUGGAUGAAAAAGAAAUCCAGUGUAGAUCUGGGGCCCAAGAUGUCACUGGCUGACAGGAUGAAGGUCCUUAAAGACAAGGAGGAGCAAUGGAAGAGCAAAGGCAAGGGAGCCGCCAACGACUCGGUGCAGUUCACUGUGGCUGGACGCAUGGCCAAGAAAGGUCUGGUGACAGACAUCGUAAAGGAAGAGUCUCCCAUCUCCCUCAGGAAGUCUAACGCCACGCCUGUGAAGCCACUUGAAGAAAUCUCCAGUAGAACUGAUGUCAAGGUGGAAGGAGAUAAAAGGCUCGACAAGCUCGAGUCUUUCCUCGACAAGCUCCACAACAAAGGCGUGAGCAAAGGCAAGACUUCCACCGUCGAGGUGACGGCUGAGACGGAGAAAGAAGUGAUGACCCUGGAUGAUGAUGAGACGUUCGGCAACUUCUACAAAUCUGUGUCACCGUCGAUCCUCCAGGACUCCGGUGUGGUUUUGACCGAGGAGGAUCUCAGCCAGAUUCAGGCCGAUUCACCAAAACUGACCUCAGCCGUAACAGAACACAAGCGAGCAGUCCGACCAAACAGAAGGAACCAGGGCUCCAGGAAUCCUCUGCGGGCUCUGGCCGCCCGCAACGACAUCCGCCAGGUCUAUACUGAGCAGAGGCUUAACGUGGCCUCAUUGGAGACCAAGAGGAUCCAAGUGGAGAGGAUGGCAAAACACUCCAAAACAAACCUGGCGGACGUGGCCUUGGCGGGUCUUGCAAGCAAGGAGAAUUUCCGCAAGGUCAACCUGCGCAGUGUGAAAUCCACCGAUGUCGUGACAAACAACAGCACGCUGCCUUUCAACAAGCUCAUGCUCAUUCGCAUCAAAGGUCGGAGGCACGUCCAGGUGCGCCUGGUGGAGCCAACAGCCCACUCGUUAAACAGCGGCGACUGCUUCCUUCUCAUAACGCCGAAGCAGUGCUAUAUGUGGAGUGGAGAGUUUGCCAACGUGAUUGAGAAAGCUAAGGCGUCGGAGAUGGUGGCGUUUGUUCAGGCCAAGAGGGACCUCGGGUGUAAGGCCUCCCAGGUGACAGUGCUGGAGGAGGGCAUCAACACCGACAGCAGAUGGGCCAAAGAGUUCUGGAGCCUGCUGGGCGGACAAACCCAAUACAGAGGGGCCGGGGAGCCAGAGGAGGACGAGCUGUAUGAGAGUGGGGUGUUGGACUCUACUGGGGUGUACAGACUCCACGGAGAGAAACUGGUGCCUCAUGAAGAGGCCUGGGCCUCCAUUCCAAGUGUCUCCUUGCUCGACUCCAAAGAGGUUUUAGUGUUUGAUUUUGGCAGCGAAGUGUACGUAUGGCACGGGAAAGACGUGCCCCUGGGUGACAGAAAGGUUGCUGUGAAACUGGGCAAACAGCUUUACAGCGGCAGCUUCGACUACAGCAGCUGCAGGGUCAACCCUCUAGAUGCCUCCUUCACGGAUUCGGAUGUGCCUCAGCAAGGGGAGGGUCGUCCGAGCUGGACUCUGUUCGGCCGGUUGUCGGAGCACAAUGAGACGGCCCUGUUCAGAGAAAAGUUCCUGGACUGGGCCGAGAGGAAGAAGGAGGAAGCAGCUCAAGCAGAUGAAAUCAAGAGCCCAGUCCACUCCAUUGAACGCCCCUCACUGGACUUGGACCUGCAGCCAUGUGACGCUAAGGCCCUGCUGGACAAUGAGCCGGGGCCGGUGAAGACGGUCCUAGAGGGGGUGAACGUCCAGCGGGGCCAUGGCCUGGUGAGGGCAGAUGACGGACGACAGGCAGAGUUGGCUACAGUCGCUGUAGACGCCUGGCACAUCAAAGAGCACGGAGAGGAGGAACUGCCUCAAGAGAGCCUGGGCCAACUGCAUGAGGGCGACGCCUACAUCAUCCGCUGGAAGUACUCUAUCACCACACUCGUGGGUAAGCGGCAGAAACCCGGGGAGCUGAGUGCCGGUGCUCCAGGCAGAGAGAGGACCGCUUGUUUUUUCUGGCAAGGCAGCCACUCCAGCGUCAGUGAGAAAGGAACAUCUGCUCUGAUGACAGUGGAGCUGGGCAGCCACAGGGGGUCACAAGUGUUGGUGAGUGAGGGAAAAGAGUCUCCGUGCUUCCUGCAGCUCUUCCAGGGAGGUUUGAUCAUCCACAAGGGCAGUAGAGAUGAUAGUGCCGACAACACAGUUGGCUGGCGGUUGUUCUGUGUCCGGGGGGAGGCAGAGGUGGAGGCCUCGCUGGUGGAGGUAGAUUGCCAGCAUGCCAGUCUGCGCUCUCGUGCGAGCCUGGUGCUUCUUAAUGCUCAGAAAGGCCUUCUCUUCUUGUGGCACGGCUGUAAAGCACAUGCCAGCGCCAGGCAGGUGGCCAAAAGAGCUGCGGACAAACUAACCCAGAGGUGUCCUUCAGAGUUGGGUCUGAGCAGCACCAGCAGCGUGAACGUUGAGGAGGUGGAGGAAGGAUCUGAACCCGCGGAGUUCAAGAAGGCUCUGGGCCCGCACGACAAGAAGGCCUACGACUGUAUGCUGCAAGAUCCAGGGAAGUACAACUUCACGCCGCGGCUGUUCCGGCUGAGCGCCAGCUCCGGGGUGUUCGAAGGGGAGGAGCGGUUGUCUCCAGCCAGGGUGGCCGAGGGAGUCAUGGCGAUGCCCUUCCUGCAGGAGAACCUCUACUCCGCACAACAGCCAGCCCUGUUCCUACUGGACAACCGCAUGGAGGUGUACCUGUGGCAGGGCUGGCAGCCUGACGACACACAGUGUACCGGCUCUGCAAAGAUGCGCUGGAACAGCGAGAGGAAGUGUGCCAUGGAGACUGUGCUGCAGUACUGCAAAGAGAAGAACCCUCGGCGCCACCCUCCAGCAUAUCUGAUCCUGGCAGGCUGUGAACCUCUCACCUUCACCAACAUCUUCCCAUACUGGGAGAAGGACACCAGUAUCACUAAGACGGAAAGCUCCAAGAAUAAGGUGCUGUUAGUAAAGGAGGCUCUAUCUCAGCUCAGCAAGCUGCAGUACUCCAUCGAGGAGCUGACCGGGAAGCCGCUGCCAGAGGGAGUGGACCCUCUCCGGCUGGAGGAUUACCUGUCGGACCCGGACUUCAAGAUACUUCUUGAGAUGAGUCGAGUUGAGUUCAACACUCUGCCAAACUGGAAACAAAGGAAUCUGAAGAAAAGCAAGGGCCUGUUUUAAAACAUCUUUUUGUACACAACUGCCGGUUUUUUUAUGUUUUCAGCAGCUUUUUUUUAACAUUUGAGAGAAGACUAUGACCUUAUUUUGUAAUGUAUAAUAACAGCGAGGAUACCAUUUUCAGUUGAAAUAUUGAUCUAUUUUGAAUAACUUCAAUUUUUUUGUUUCUCCCUGUCACUGAAAUAUUUUAGCCAAUCAUUAUGUGCAAUUGUUAAUCUUUUUGAUGGCAAGAUGCUUUCCUUGUAUUGUAAGAAUAGUUACCCUCACAUUAUACAUAUGUAAUAUACUAUAAAUGAAUGUGUUUUUAUGUCUGACACCAGACUGUGUUAAUUUUCAUGUGAGAUUGUGUUUGUAUGAGAACUGCCUGUGGUGUUAAAAAUAAGGGAGUUAUUCAUGUUUUUUUAUAUUUCAUGGGAAAAAACAGCUCUGUGUAAUGGAAUUAAGUCCCUCAGCAAAAAAUAUUGACGAAUUAAAGAAGCUAAACAAAUCAAAGUUCAGAGAGCAAUCCCGAUAAUUUGUGGACGUUUGACAGAAACGUGGUGGUAUACUAACUUAUAUAUGUAUAACAGCAAAUAUAUAUUCGGUUUUAAUUUUAGAUGCAUUUGUAUGUGGGUGUGAAAAGAUGUACUCUGAAAUCCCAAAGAAAACUGAAACAUGAAAAGUCAACUGGGACUUUGCAACCAUCACAUUGGUGAGACUGACUGUUCUCGGCAUCAUUGAAACUGGCCCAUAAUAAGUCUGGUACUGAAUACUUCCCGGUUGUCAUGAAUAGAACUGCCUGUGUGCCAGUGAUGGCCGCCCUCUCUGAUCAUCUGGCUGUUAGGGACCAAAUCAAAUCGUGUUGUCUUGUCCUACAUGUUGUUGUGUAUCUGUGUGUGCGAGAGUGUGUAAAUGUGAAACUUUAAAAGUAUUAAGUGUGUGUGGGUACGGAAGAGUAUAAACUGCCAUUAUAGCUGGAGCUGACACUACAAGUGUAUACUGCAAAUGUGAUGUAAUGGCAUGUUACACACAAACUAUACUGUUAAUAUGAUUGCCUGUGA